AAACAUAAAUGCCAUUUUUCUGCAAACAGUUUGACCAGCAAUGUUCUGGAAGUCGCAUAAUUUUUGGUAAAUUCCGAUAAGUAUCCCUUACUGACCGUAUGCAAAAGUGAAUGUGCUAAAUUGUACCAAAAUUAUAGUCGAUUGUGUAAAGUGUAACUGCAGUACGUAACGAGCGAGAGCGCUAGUCUUUCAUCCACAAAGAGCCUGAUUGACAGUGAGGUUAUGUUGGCGCGUUUUUUGACGGCUGCCUUUCAGUGAGCGGCUGGUUGUUGUGCAUCGAAAGUUGGUACGCGGAGUGUUAAAAAAUAGUAAAAACCCUGGUGAUUGGGAUAGAAUUUCGUGCCCAAAGACACAACCCCCCUUCCGGUGAGGUUUAGUUUCACCAGUGCGUAUCCGUUCGACUGCUACUGUACACGCGUUUAGCCAUGUUCGGUGCAAAGCCCGGAGGCUUCGGUCAGCCUACCACCAACACUGGUUUCGGGACGUUCGGGACCAACACGGCGGCGGCUAGCCCGUUCGGGCAAACGACCGCAUUCAGCAAACCGGCGACGGGCGCAUUCGGGGCCACGCCAGCCUUUGGCCAGCAGCCCACAACGUCGCUCUUUGGACAAACGCAACAAGCUGGAGGUCUGUUCGGUGCAAGCACCAGCACUGCACCAGCCUUUGGUGCGGCAACGACGCAACCGGGGUUUGGGGUUUUUGGCCAAACACAGCCCCAAACAACGUCUUUGUUCGGGACGCAAAAUAAUACCGCAGCCAAUACGUCGCUGUUUGGAAAUAAUAACAAUACAUCGUUCGGCGCAGCCAAACCGGCCGGAUUUGGUGUUUUCGGACAACCGGCCACCCAAACGACGUCUCUGUUCGGGCAGUCCACCACGAACAAUACGGCCACGACCGGUUUCUUUGGACAGAACACGCAAACUCCGGGUGGGUUGUUCGGUGCGGCCAAACCCGCAUUCGGUGCCGCGGCAGUGCCGGGUGUUGUCGGUGGCAAUGGAACCGCGGUUGCCAAGUAUCAGCAAACCCACGGUACGGAUACGCUGGUAAAGAAUGGUCAAACCACCACCGUCAAUACGAAGCAGCACUGCAUUACGUUCAUGAAGGAUUAUGAAAACAAAUCGGUCGAGGAGCUACGGUUCGAGGAUUAUGCCGCCAACCGGAAAGGUCCGCAGGCGGGUGCGCCCGGUGCCGGGGGACUGUUCGGAGCCGGUACACAAUCGACGGGUCUGUUCGGCGGCACGGGUGCGACGCAAACGACCGGUUUGUUUGGCCAGAAUCAGGCCCAACCGAACGCCGGCGGCCUGUUUGGUACGUCGACCAACACGUUCGGUGCCACUACGACGCCCGCCUUCGGUACGACCGCGGGCAGUACGUUUGGCAAACCGUUCGGAAGCAAUCCGGCAGCAACGUCGGCACCGGGCUUCGGUUUCGCUCAAUCGACCACCUCCACGUUGGGUGGUGGACUGGGAGCAAAUAAACCCGCGUUCGGUGCCACCGGCACAACGGGCGGAUUGUUCGGGCAAACGGCAGCGCCGGCCACAAGCACCUUCGGACAGACCAGUUUCGGUGGGUUUGGCACGCAGAAUACGGCUACGCAACCGGGUGGAUUGUUUUCGGGUGCGGGCGCAGGUGCAGCCGCUCCCGGUGCAGGUGCAUUUGGUACGUUGGGCGCUCAGUCAACACCGUCCAGCUUCAACUUCGGGACGAACACACAGACCAGUGCCGCCGGAUCGACACUGUUCGGGGCGAAGCCGGCCAACACGUUCGGCACGCUCGGAGGCACCACGUUUGGACAGAGCGCAACCUCGAACGCGCCCACGUUCGGGCUCGGUACAAACACAAACACCGCGGGUGGCAAUUCGUUUUUCGGCAACACCUUCAACAAGCAAGCUGCACCGACGUUCGGUCUGGGAACGAACACAUCGACCGGUGUUGGGAUUGGAGGAACAACCGGUGGACUUACGUUCGGUACGGGAUCGUCCUCUCUGUUCGGUAAUACGGCCGCUAAGCCCGGUGGACUCGGGACGGGCACCAGUCUGUUCGGCAACACGUCCACCCUUGGUGGGGGUGGUACGUUCGGCACGAUGAACAUGGGAACAUCGUUCGGAGCUGGUGCUGGUGCCGGUGGGCUAGGUAUGUCCAACCUCGGUGGACUCGGCGCGAUGGCUCAAGGAGCCGCCGGACAGCAAGCGGCACCUAUUCAUCAGCAGAUUCUUGCGAUGGCAACCUCGCCGUACGGCGACAAUCCCAUCUUCAAGGGCAUCAAACCGCUGGCCGGACCUUCGGAGGAAUCGCUAAAGCCGACCAACCCGUCGGCACAGAAGGCGAUCCUGGAAGGCUCGAACUAUCAGCUGAAGAUAUCUUCCCGUUCCGGAAAUACCGAUCGCGUGAAGGUUAAACCGCUCGGAGCAGCACAGCUUAAGAAGUCCAUCUUCGAGGGAUUGGAAGAGUACGACAGCACGCUCGAGGACAGCUUUACGCUCAAACCGAACGCAAAGCGUUUGAUCAUCAAGCCGCGUCCGACCAAAUCUACGAUCAUCAUCCCCGAUGCGGUCGGCGGUACACGUGAAGCAGCGUACAAUCUUUCCGGUGGCUCCAACACAUCGAUCGUUGGCGACGACAUGCCGACACCGACGCGCGCAUCGGCGGUGGCUGGUGAAUCGUUCCGCAAUCAAAUUCCAACACACCCAACCGACACUGGGCCGUCGGGUAAGUAUCAGCAGCAACAGCAGCAGCAGCAGCAGCAGCAAGGAUCGACGGAUGGCAGCAGACGUGUCUCGUGGUUACAGUCGAACGUGCUGGAUAAGGUACGCCAGCAACAACAGAGCAACAAUCAGCGCCUGUCGGAAUCGGUGCUGGACAACACGAUCAAGGAGUUUGCCGUAUCAUCCUCAAAUAUGCGUUCGGAGAGGGCCAGCUCGAUGUCUUCCGGUGCCAUUCGUGAAGAAUCGGGAGAAGCAGAUGAAACCGGCUUAAGAAAGGGUACUGGAAAGGACAGUACAUCACCCGUGCUAGGCAACCAAACGGUGAACGAUAGUUUCAUCUCGAACCGGUCCUUCUUGAACGAAACGAGCGUGGGUGGCGGAAUUGGAACCGACCUAUCGACAUCUGUCGCUGCCGUGCUGGAGGAUGCCGAACCGCAUCCCACAGGCAUAGUUUUACGUCGCGUAGGCUACUACACCAUCCCAACGCUUGAUGAAAUCGCCCAACUGAUGGACGACGAGGGUCGCUGCAUUGUGCCGAACUUUACCAUCGGUCGCAAAGGUUACGGCAACGUGUACUUCAACGAACCGAUCGACGUUGCCGGGCUGAAUCUGGACGAAAUCGUGCACUUCCGGCACAAGGAAGUGAUCAUCUAUCCGGACGAUGAAAACAAACCACCGGUCGGGACGGGGCUUAACCGAAAAGCGCAGAUCACGCUCGACCAGGUGUGGCCGCAUGACAAAACGCUGCACGAGCCAAUCAAAGACCCGCAACGGCUAGCGCUGCUAGACUACGAGGGUAAGUUGCGUCGCGUUUGCGACAAGCACGAUACGCGCUUCCUCGAGUAUCGUCCCGAUACGGGCAGCUGGGUGUUUAAGGUAGAGCACUUUUCCAAGUACGGGUUAAGCGAUAGCGACGAUGAAGACUCAACUCCAACCGAUCCAAAGAAGGUGAAAGUCAUGCCGGCUGCACAGCAGCGAAAGGAGCUGCUUCUGCGUAGCAGCAAAACACAGCCACCGCUCAAGCAGCAAGAUAAAGACAAUGAAAAUGCUACCGCAUCACCUGGACAGGAAAUGGCGGCGAAUGAGCGGCAGCAGGAAAUGGAUACGUCAGCGGAUAAGCCGGCGGUCACCACGAACGCAACACUCCGGUCCGCUGGUGGGUUCGAAAAUGGCGACGACGAUGAUUACAGUCGAUCGGCGUAUGGUGAUGAAAAUAUGAACUUUUCCGCCCAACACCACCGCGACAAUCCGACCAGCCCGACGGCUGCGAUCGCGAUGGAGAUGGGCACGGAUCCGCACAAAAUACAGCUCAUGAAGGCGUCCUUUUUCGCGGACGACGACUUCGACGGAAGGUCCGUGACGUCGGAGUUUGGACACAGCGAGGGACGGGACAGCCCGGAUCAGAUUGUGCCCAGCGCGGGAACACGGCCCACCGGACCUGGGACGGGAGGUUUAUUGCUGCAGAGCUUGUACAACACUAACAGUGUGCCAUCGGUCAUUCAGCGCAAAUCACACGUCCCACUUGCCGGGUCGCUGCUAAAGAUGGACGGAUCGCCUUCGGUGGGUUGUUUCAGCCCGGGAAGUCUGAUGAAAACGUCGACCGCCAAGAGUAUGCACGCUGGAGGAUCCACACUGAGCGUGUCUUCGUCCAAGCAAACAGCGACGUCAAAGCAGCCGGCGGGUGUGCAGCAGACCACACUCGCACCGAUUCCGCGUCCGACCGGUCCACAGGCGUUGCCGCUGUUGCUGAAACCGAAGAUCGAAUCGCUGCAUCCGAUCAACAUCGUGAUUCCGCUGUCCAAAUCCGUCCUGAAGCGGUUCCUGAACAACAAAUCAAACCUGGCCUUCUUCCAUGGACGCAAAUUUAAGGUAGGCUGGACGCACGGUACGGCGAUGGUGCAGCUAAACACGCGCGACAACUGUACCGAGCUGGUGCGUCAGUUCGAGUCCGUCGCCAGCACGACACCCGGCUCCAAGAUGAAGCUCAUUGGAAUCGAUAGGGUAAAGCAAUUUUUGUGCGGCCGCUCGGAGAAUGAUUUUUCUCCCGCAGCGCUUCAACUGCUGCGCAUCAAAUCAACGGCCGACCGGGUGCUGAUCGACGACGAAUCGUUUGCCCGCUCGGUUGUGGGUCAUCUGCGCGUGCAGCUACGCAACGGUGAACGUCGGCAUCGGGAUACGAUGGGCAACGAUUGCCCUCACCUGGUUGCGGCUGGAAAGUAUCAAACGCUCGAGGAACAUCUCCUCGAGGCACGCUCAAUGGUGGAAGGUACGAGCGAUGAGUACGGGGAAUUUUGUGCCCAGCUGUGGUCGCUACUCGCCUCACUUUGGGGCGCCAGAGAAGAGCUCGAAGAGGUGGAUGAAGCCAGCCACCUGAGCACCAUGUUCCGGCGCGACUUAUUCUCCGAGUGGAUCGAGCACGUUGUAACGAUUCAUUCGCAGCAGACCAGCAAACGGGCGGAAAAGCGUGAUUAUCUCGAUCAGUUGCUUGAGCUGAUCCAUACGCACAAGGUGCUGGAAGCGUGCGAGCUGGCCUUCACCAACAACGACAUUAAUCUGGCGAUGCUGUUGGCACAGAUAUCCGGUGGGCCGGUGGUGCGGCAGCUGCUGCAACAUCAGCUUUCCUACUGGCAGGAUUCGGAAGCGGACAAGUUCAUCGAUCCACGGCGGCUGGAAGCGUUUAUGGCGAUUGCGGGCGUUCGCAUGAUGAGCUCGUCGCACGGUCCCAUCAACAUGCUCGAGCGCGUCGAUUGGCUGGGUGCGUUGGCGCUGCACCUGUGGUACAUUUGUCCACCGACAGCCUCCAUUACGGACGCACUGAUGAAGUACGAGGAAGCGUACGAAUCGGCCGAAUCGUUCACCCACCCACCGUUGCCCCCGUACCGGGCACGGUACACGCAAAGGGGCCUAAACAAUGCUCCGCUGCAGGAUCUGCGCUUCCAUCUGUUGAAGCUUUACUCGAAGCGUAGCUAUCCACUGGAAGCUCUGCUCAAUCCGGCCUCGCACACCGCCGAUCCGACCGAUUUCCGGCUGAGCUGGCUGCUGCUGCAGGUGUUGGAGACGCUCGGCUAUCAUCACUGUUCCGAGCACUAUCGGGGCAAGAUUCAUGUAGAGUUUGCGGCCCAGCUCGAAAGCCACGGGCUGUGGCAGUGGGCAGUGUAUGUGUUGCUGCAUCUCAACGAUCAAGCCCGGCGAGAACAUGCGAUUCAGCAGAUACUGUACCGCUACGUACAAUUGACCCCCGAACGGGGCGGCGACAGUGAGGAUGACGGCGGGACCGAACAGGACCGGGAGGAUUAUCUAGCCCGGGAAAGCUUUAUCGUCGACGAGCUGGGCAUCCCGGAGCGGUGGAUUUUCUGGGCGAAAGCUGUCCGGGCCAGCGCCGUGUUCGACUACAGACAGCAGGCUCACUAUCUGCUGCAGGCGAAGCAGUGGGCCCUGGCGCAUGAUGUCAUACUGCAGCACCUCGCACCGGAGUACGUGAUGAACAACAAAAUCCCACAGCUGAAAGCCAUGCUGGAUGCCAUCGAGGACACCAAACAGAUAGCGAAUUGGACCACAAAGGGUCAGAUUUUGGUUGAUUUCAUCGAGCUUAAUGAGAAGUUCGAGCUGCUAAAGGAUGUAAUGGACGAAGAUUUGAUGGAGCAGCGACUCGAAAGCCUGAAACCGAAACUAUCGGAACUGUGCUCGGUGAUAAAGAUGUUCCCGUGUCCCACCCCGAAACACACCCUUCUGCAGAGCGAAAUUGCGCAACGGCUUGCCUUCCUGAUUCGCACCCAUUACGCGGACGAUCCGCAGAUCAGUGGCAGCACGCUGAUGCGCGGUGCUCUCGAACGAUUACCGCUGCCGGAGGAGCACGUGCUGGAGGAGUUGGACCACAUGUUGCGUGCGUUCCUGGUGGAAGAAUUGAAGCAAAAGUAGACGGAUGCAUGUGUGUGCGUGUGUGUGUGUAGCACGCGAGCUUUCUUGGAGUGUUCUCUGGUUACGUUUUUGGUUGACGGUGGGUGUGCAUUAUACAUGUGUAGUAGUCGCAUUGUGUGCUCACACAGCUAAUGCAAGAAAACGGUUCGGGUUCCGCGGGUUCAGCAGCUAUAGCGCGCGCGCGUGCCGCAUCAUGUAUGUUUUCCUUUUUUUUUUCAUGUUAAUACUACUAAGUGACUGUAUGCGAUAAAUAUAUAAUAACGUAAAAUAAAUACACGGAUAAAUAAUGCAGUGAAAGGUGAA